UCCAACCCACUUUAUUAAACUAACUCACUGGCAGCAAUGAAGCCAAAACCCAAUUUUAUGUUGGUUUUACCAUUUGUUAAACCUACCUACCAUUCGUCCCUAUAAAAAGCACCGUCUAACACCACUCCCAACAAGCAUUGCAUCCAUGGCCUCAAUGUUGAUACCCCUUCUCACCACUCUCUUCUUCACCACUUUCCUCAUCUCCCAAACUCCAGUAUUGAAGGUUUCAGCAGCAGCAAUAAUACUAUACAACAAGUGUCCCCACCCAGUGUGGCCCGGAAUCCAGCCCAGCGCAGGAAAGCCCAUUCUGGCCCGCGGAGGGUUCAAUCUCCCACCAAACAAAGCCUAUUCCCUCCAAGUCCCACCCCUCUGGUCAGGGCGCUUCUGGGGCCGUCACGGAUGCACCUUCGAUUCGACCGGACACGGGCGUUGUGCCACUGGAGACUGCGGCGGGUCUCUCUUCUGCAACGGCAUCGGAGGAACACCACCGGCAACACUAGCCGAGUUCACACUUGGAAACGAUCAAGAUUUCUACGACGUGAGUCUGGUAGACGGUUACAACUUGCCGAUUUCCAUUACACCAUUCAAGGGAUCUGGAAAGUGUAGCUACGCGGGUUGUGUGAGUGAUCUCAACUUGAUGUGUCCAGUGGGUCUUCAGGUGAGGUCACGCGACAAGAAGCGCGUGGUGGCUUGUAAGAGUGCUUGUUCUGCUUUUAACUCACCUAGGUAUUGCUGUACUGGUAACUUUGGAAGCCCACAGGCCUGUAAGCCCACCGCUUAUUCCAGGAUCUUUAAAACUGCUUGCCCAAAGGCCUAUUCCUAUGCCUAUGAUGACCCUACCAGCAUUUCUACUUGCACUAAUGCUAGCUAUUUGAUCACUUUUUGCCCUCAUCCCCGCUGAUCUUUUUCUAUUAUUCUCCACUUAAUUAAUUAAUUAGUUAGCUACUACUACUAGCAUCACAUUAUCAAUUAUGUUACCGUUACGCCCUUUAUAUUUCUUUAUUUUAUGUUGAUGGAUACUUUCAAUUUCGUACUAGUCUACUACUUCUCUUGUAACUUUAUAUCAACUCUUAUUAUUAUGGUAGGUUGAGCUUAAUUUGGUUACAAAA